AUGGGACAGCAUCUUUUCCAUUCAAUCGAGGUUGGGCCAUGCAGCCAAAGGUUAUUACGUGUGAUAGGACGACUUGACAUCAUACAUCUUUUGUCAUUGUCAAAACACAAGACAGUAAAAAGAGAUCCUGUUGACCAGUACCUUGAACAGAUGGCAAAUAAAGAAGAUCAUAUCCAACAGACAAUCAAAGAUAAAAAUCUAAAAAACAAAACCCCACUGAAACGUGGAUUAAAGAGGAAGCAUGCUGAUGCUCCUGUAUAUACCCACCCACCAAAUAGUGGCGUGUAUGGACAUGGUUCACCUCACAACAAUGCAAAAAGUCUCAACAGUGCUAGUGAUCACACAUCACCAACCAAUAGUGUUAGUGGUACAACUUCACCAAGCAAUUGUACGAAUGGUCAUGCUUCAUCCAGCAAUAGUACUAGUAGUGAUGCAUCACUUAGCAAUAGUACAAGUGGUCAUGCUUCGUCUAGUGAUAGUACAAAAGGACAUAGUUUACCAGGCAGUAGUUCUUAUGGUUCUCCAGGUACAUCUGAAAGACUUGAUAUGUCACCCCCGAUUUCUAAAAGAUUGCGACGUACUAAGUCAAGAACUGAACGUGAAAAUAGAAUCAAGAAAAAAUUAGAACUUGCCAAGGAUUCAAAACCAUAUUGCACCAUACCAAAACGGAAACAGACAUGUGAUAUUCGACUUCGUGUCCGGGCUGAAUACUGUAACCAUGAGAACGCUCUUGAGGGCAACAUCUUCUCAAACAAACCAGAUGCCCUCGAUAGACAAUUUGAAAAAUUUAUGCAAGCCAACACAAUACUAAAAUCCAGAGAUCUUGGUUCAAUAAUUUGUGACAUUAAAUUCUCAGAAUUGACAUAUCUGGAUGCUUUCUGGAGGGAUUAUAUCAAUGGAUCUCUUUUAGAGGCACUGAAGGGAGUCUUCCUGACAGAUUCACUAAAACAAGCAGUAGGUCAUGAGGCCAUCCAACUCCUGGUGAACGUUGAUGAAGAUGACUAUGUGAUAGGACGCAAAAGACUGUUGCAGAACCUUCAAGACUGACA